AUGGGAUCGGAAGAAGGUGACGAUGGGCUUCGUCGGAGAGGUUGUUCAUGCACGAAAGACGAUUUUCUCCCAGAGGAAUCAUUCAAAAGCAUGGGGAAUUACUUUAAAGCACUUAAAGAGACACCGAGUCGGUUCAUAGACCGUGUAAUGACACGGUCACAAGACUCGGUGGAGCUUCACGAAAUGAAGGCACGUAGUGGUCACGAAAUGAAGAAAACGUUAACGUGGUGGGAUCUGAUGUGGUUCGGGGUUGGAGCUGUCAUCGGCUCUGGAAUAUUUGUUCUUACCGGACAAGAAGCACGGGAAAGUGCUGGUCCCGCUGUUGUUGUGUCCUUUGUCGUCUCAGGUGUCUCCGCUAUGCUCUCCGUCUUUUGUUACACCGAGUUUGCCGUAGAGAUUCCUGUUGCAGGUGGUUCUUUCGCUUACUUGAGAGUGGAGCUGGGCGACUUCAUGGCUUUCAUCGCUGCUGGAAAUAUAAUCCUCCAAUACAUAGUCGGUGGAGCCGCCGUAGCUAGGUCAUGGACCUCUUACUUCGCCACUCUCUUAAACCAUAAACCUGACGACUUCCGCAUAAUAGCUCACAGUCUCCACGAAGACUAUAACCACUUAGAUCCAAUCGCGGUCGGCGUUUGCGUGAUCAUUUGCGUUUUAGCCGCCAUUGGCACAAAAGGCUCAUCAGUCUUCAACUACAUCGCUUCUAUUAUCCAUAUGCUAGUGAUUCUCUUUAUCGUCAUAGCAGGAUUCACUAGAGCUGAUUUCAAAAACUACUCCGACUUCGCUCCAUUCGGAGCUAGAGGAGUGUUUAAGUCUUCGUCGGUUCUUUUCUUUGCUUAUAUUGGAUUCGAUGCGGUUUCAACCAUGGCUGAGGAGACCAAGAAUCCUGGCAGAGACAUUCCCAUUGGUCUUGUUGGGUCGAUGGUGCUUACUACGGUUUGUUAUUGUCUCAUGGCGGCUGCGUUGUGUCUUAUGCAACCGUAUGGGCAGAUUGAUCCGGAUGCACCUUUUUCUGUCGCGUUCUCUGCUGUUGGAUGGGAUUGGGCUAAGUACCUAGUCGCCUUUGGUGCUCUUAAAGGAAUGACGACCGUAUUAUUAGUCGGAGCCAUUGGGGAAGCUAGGUACAUGACGCACAUCGCCAGAGCUCACAUGAUGCCACCAUGGCUAGCUCAUGUUAACGCAAAGACCGGAACACCGAUCAACGCGACAGUGGUUAUGCUGACCGCGACAGCUCUCAUCGCAUUAUUCACUAAACUAGGAAUCUUAGCCGAUCUCUUAUCCGUGUCCACACUUUUCAUCUUCAUGUUAGUCGCGGUGGCUCUUCUCAUUAGGAGGUAUUACGUCACCGGAGAAACAUCUUCACGUGACCGGAACACGUUUUUAGUGUUCUUAGGUUUGAUUCUUGCAUCCUCGGUCGCGACUGCUGUAUAUUGGGCCUUGGAAAAGGACAGUUGGAUUGGUUAUUGCGUUACGGUUCCUGUUUGGUUCUUGUCCACCGCUGGGAUGAAGUUUCUUGUGGCACAAGCUAGGGCUCCGAAACUUUGGGGUGUUCCUUUGGUUCCGUGGUUGCCUUCUGCUUCCAUCGCUAUUAAUAUAUUUCUUCUUGGUUCGAUCGAUGGAAAGUCGUAUAUUAGGUUUGCGAUAUGGACUGGUGUUCUUCUUGUUUACUACUUAUUGUUUGGUUUGCACGCAACUUACGAUACUGCCAAGGAGACACUGAAGGAGAAGAUGAUGUUGCAGAAUGCUGAGGAAGGUAGUGUUGCUACAGAUAAAUCUGGUGCUGCCACGUCAGAUCACUAG